AUGUUGGGUGAUGUAGAUUAUGUAAGUGUUGAUACCUCCAAUUGUAAUGCUGGUAAGACCUUAGACUGGUUGGCUCCAGCAACACGGACUAGCCUGUGUCAUGGAUCGGGUGUUAUUAAUGACACAAAAGUGCACGACCCUGAUGUCCAUGGCCACUGGUUCAUUAACCCUAAUCAACUAUCCGACGAAAUAACGGUUGAUAAAGGUGAUCCGAUCUUCAAACCCAAUUGCGGGUACUACUGCUACUUUCCUCCAGGAUCUCAAUACGAGGCCUAUUCAGGCACAACUGCCCCUGUAUCUUGCCGGCAGCAUAUACAAUUGACCGGUGUGUGCGAGAAGCGUACUUGCGGCCAGACAACUUGUCCUUAUGGAUACACAAGCGGUAAAUCUGCAGACACAAUCUGCUUUGGGGCGGACAGAUGUGAUCUGCAAUGCUGUGCAGAGGUUCCAACGUGCGCAGAACCAUCGGCUUCAAGCCAAUGCUCUGCCGGAUAUGUUCAGGACUCGAGCAAGGACACAGACGCUGUAGAAAAUCCAGCUUUUUAUAACGAUCUUUGCUGCAAGCCCUCGACAUGUGAGGGUUUUUCGAGUACCUCCCAGUGUGAUAUUGGAUACGAAGUGGACCCAAGCGCCAAUGAUGUCACUGUACCAAGUGCAGCGCAAUAUAGCGAGACAUGCUGCAAAGGUUUAAAUCCAACUUGUUCGGAAGCUACAGACUCCUGUCUUGCAGGAUAUGUAUUUGACUCCGGAAAGGCCCUCGUAGAGGUCAUAGCUCCUGGGCAAUACAAUACCCUUUGCUGUAGAGAAAUGACGUGUGCAGACUCUUCAAGUGGCAAUCAAUGCGCUACCGGUUUUAUCGUGAACGCCUUAAAUGAUCUCGCCAUUGUGGGCAGUAGCGGGAAUUUCAACGAUAUCUGCUGUAAAGCCUCGACAUGUGUUGGCUUUUCAGCCACCAACCAGUGUUCCAGCGGGUUUGUUGUAGACACAGUGAACGAUUUAGUCUCUGUUGUGACUGCCACGGAGUACAAUACGUUGUGCUGUAAACCCUCGACGUGUGCCGGGUUUUCACUUACCAACCAAUGUUCCACCGGGUUCGUUGUCGACACAUUGAGCAAUCUACUCACUGUUGAAGACGAAGCAAAUUACAACGAUAAAUGCUGUAAGGCCUCGACGUGUGUCGGGUUUUCAGCCACCAACCAGUGUUCCAGCGGGUUUGUUGUAGAUACGUUGAACAAUUUAGUCUCUGUUGUGACUGCAACGGACUACAACACUCUAUGCUGCAAACCCUCGAUCUCGACCUCGACGACGUGUACUGGGUUGUCACUUCUCAACCAGUGCUCUAAUGGGUUCGUUGUAGACAUAUUGAGCAAUUUACUCACCGUCUUAGAUGGAGAAAAUUACAACGAUCGAUGCUGUAAAGCCUCGACGUGUUCAGGGUUUUCGAUUUCCAAUGAGUGUACGACUGGGUUUAUUAUAGAUUCGAGCCUUACUGAUGCCCUCGUUCCAGACUUGGUGAAUUUCAACCUUCUUUGCUGCAAACCCUCGACCUGUGCGGCUUUCCAGUUGUCUGAUCCGCUCAAGUUUGUCUGUGCCACAGGGACUGUGCUGAACAAUCUAUUGUCGGCCUUAACCAUUGCGGAUGCCACUGAUUUCGCUGAGAAUUGUUGCAUGCGAAGCGCAUGUGAGGGUCGUGAUGAUAA